AUGGAGUGACCCCCCAGCGCGCUGUUUAAAGGGAAGCCGAGAGAGCUGAGUCAACGAAUCACAAGGCGCAGGAUGCAACAGUUGAUGUGCGCGAGGAGCAGCGCUCGUGUGUUUGGAGGCACGCGAAGGAUGCUGUCUUUGAUCUGCGAGGAGCAAACAGCGGAUGUUUGGUCGCUUUAAAAAACAAAACUCAUCUGUCAGAUAAAACCGAGAAUUAAAGCGAAGGUCUGAAGGCAGCCCACACACACACACACAUACACACACGCGCGCGCGCGCGCAGCGUCUUUCUCGCCGAAAUGGCCAUUUGGACAGAAACGCAUUUGGAGGGACUUCAUGCUCUGCCGGAAUGAAGUUGGAGUGGGCAUUUCGGAUGGUCUGCGGCGGCGAGUAGCAGCGCAGUCUGCGCCAACAUGCAUCGGAUUCUGCAGCGGAGGCGAGUGCGCAAGCUGCGGGUCGUCUGGGCUUCUCUGGCCCUGUUGGCGCUGUCUCUGGCCGCGUGCAGCGCGCUGUUCACGGCGUGGACUUGGCGACAGACGCGGGACCUGUCCGAGUCCUUUAAGAUCCUGCAGGACCGCAUGGAGCAGGUCAACACACAGAGGAAGGCCAUUGUUCAGCUCAUUCUGGAGAAGAGAGAGCUGCUGGUGGGACAACGAGUGAAGAGAGACGGGAGGGCGCUGCGAGGGAGGAAUGGAAACGGAAAGAAAGCGGCGUCUCAUUUCGAGAUAACCAAAGUCUCCUCUCAGCAAGUGGGAGAGGGCGGCGUGAUUAAGGGUUGGGUGGAGAGGUCGUUGAAUAUGAGCAAAGCGGUGAGGUACAACAAGGACAAAGGCACCUUCAUCGUGGAGAAAGCGGGCGUCUACUUCCUGUUCUGCCAGGUGUUGUUCAACGAGCAGCAGUCUCAGUACGUGAAGCUGGACGUGGUGACCAGCGGCCAGCGGCCUCAGAAGCUGCAGUGCAUGGAGGGCUACGGGACGACCCCCUCCGCCGGGCCGCACCCUUUCCACUUCCUGAAGCCGUGCCAGGUGUCCGGCCUCCUGCGGCUGGACAAAGGCACGGAGCUGCAGGCCAUCACGGGCUCGUCCUUCAGACUCCACACGCUGGGCAACCCCUCCGCCUCGCCUCACAUCUUCAGCAUCUUUAAAGUCAACUGACGAGACUCCGCCCCCGAGAGAACGACUCAAUGAACUUCUUUUUUACAAAUUUUUUUUUUACAUUUUAUUUUCUCGUGUGGAUGAGAUUCUUUUCAUUUUCUUUCAAGAGCAAGUCGUGGGCUUCACAUCUCGUCACACGGCCUCUUUCCCUCCCCCCCCCCCAAAAAACUUUGAUUUGACAGACGUCUCGAAGUUGUUGUUGGAACUCUAUUUUUUUGACCAUUUUGGAACGCAUCAGACACAGACGUUUGGAUUAAAGCCAAGACUAAAAAAUGCCUCGGUGAACGUCUGCCGAGAGAACAGAUGUGUUGGAAGCUGUGAUGUAGAUAAAGGGCUUCAUAUAAAAGAAAAAAAAGAGGAAUACCCGGCAUUCAUCUUCGUCUUUCGUAUCAUGUCAUAAAAUGUGCUUACACUCCCUUUAUAAGACUGACGGUAAAGCUGUGCAUGCACCUUCCACUUUUAUACCACCGGUGCCUCGAAGAGCUGAGAGCACGUCUGCACGCGUCUCGACACUAUAAACAGCCGACGUGAUGAUUAUUUUAUACAAUGCAGCCUCUCUGUGUGUGUGUGUGUGUGUGUGUGUGUGACAUCGUAUUGAAUCAAGCAGUUCUUGUUUAUGCUGAUAUGAUCUUUACAUUGAGUGCGAGGUCUUUUCUUUCAACGCGUUGUAUGUACUUCGCACUCGUUUAACUUUUUAUUUUAAUUUUAAAUAACAUGGAUGUGAAUGUGUGCUCUUUUUCUAAAGGUCACAUUUGAUUGUAAGGUAUUUGUGUGUGUGUGUGUGUGUAAGUAUUAUCGGCUUGCCUUUUUUCGAGAGAGCACUUGCAAGUUUAAGUAAGCAAAGCAUAUGCAGGUUUAAAUAUAGCCGUCUCUUUUUUCUGCUUUUAUCUGUUCGAUGGCACAAUAACCAUCUCCAGGACGUAUUGCAACUCGUCAUUCAACGGUAUUGGAAUAGUUCUCAUUGAUAUUAAAUAUUACACAGAUUUUGUUAUUGGAAAUAAAACAUCGUUUGAGAUUUUCUAUCAGAAAAACGUAAUAUUGGCGUUAAUAAUACUGAUAAUAUGGAUCAAUAAUGAGCAUGAAGGCCUCUACGUGCUCAUACAUGCUUUUGCUUAUUAGCACUCAACUCAAAGUACAGCUGAGGCUGAUGGGAAUGUCAGCGGUUGUUCAGGUAUUAGACAGUAAACCAAAUUAUUGGCCAAAAAAUAUAUAUAUUUCCUUUUUUUUUGCCCUUCAAUGACCAAAAUUUAGUUAUUUUCUUAAACUCCGAAGUAAAAACAAUGUUUUGACCAAUGCACAUCUGACAGAUUGAACCUGCAGGUUUGGGAAAUGAUUGACUUUGUAAAAAUCCAAAUUAAAUCCAAUAUUCAUCAAAUGAAGCGCCGUUUGCUCCCAGACGUUCCUCACUCACUUCUUUAUUGUCUAAAAAGACAUUCCUUCCAUUCUCUCCAACGCUGCUGCUUUCUGUAAUAUAAUCCCGCUACAAUACAAACAGUGUGUAUUUCCAGCAGUGGGUUCAGCACUCCCACUCUUGUUUAUAAGUAGUUUUUGUGGACGGACCGCAUUGGUUCCUCCUCAGCACUUUACUGCUGCGAGCGUCGUGUUUUUAAUUGGAGCCAAACAUUCACGUUUUCAAAUGGAUGUCAGAUUUUUUUGAAAUGUAGAUUGUUAUUAUCCUGUGUUAUUAUCCUCAUUGUUUUCCUCUUCUUCCAUUUUUGUGCCUCUCACCACCCCCACCAUCACCCCCCCCCCCACGCAUAUUUCCCUGUCAGCAAUGAUCAGACACACACACACACACACACACACACACACACAUGCACACAAACACCCCAGCAGCCGUCUACAUUUUCACUUCCUGAAUCUAAACCUGAACCACAUAGCUGAAGGUCUUUAAGAAAGACACACACACACACACACACACACACACACACACACACGCUUCGUUGCCCCGAUUCCUAUUUUUCUUAAUGUCAACGUGUAUUUUAUCACAUCGGAAAUCCAGUGUGAAGUCUUGUGAAGAAGUUUUCUGUAAAGGAUGAUUUAUGCAAUCGAUGCCUCGGCGAUUUAUUUUUCUUCAUGUUGAAUAAACUUUUUUUUGUUGA